CGCCAUGGCCGUGCCCGCCCGCCGCCUGUGCCACGUGGCCUUCCACGUGCCGGCCGGGCAGCCCCUGGCCCGCGACCUGCAGCGCCACUUCGGCUUCCGGCCCCUGGCGGCGCGGGAGGCGGGCGGCUGGCGGCAGCUGGCCCUGGGCAGCGGCGAGGCCGUCUUCCUGGUCAACGAGGGCGCGGGGCCCGCCCGGCCGCUCUACGGCUCGGACCCGCGCCACGCCGUGCCCAGCGCCGCCGGCCUGUGCUUCGAAGUCACCGAUGCCGGCGCCGCCGCCCGGGCGCUGGCCGCGCGCGGCUGCCCCGUGCGGGUGCGGCCGGUCCACGUGCGGGACGCGCAGGGCGCGGCCACCUACGCGGUCAUCGGCUCGCCCGCGGGCAACCUCAGCCUGACGCUGCUGGACCGCGCCGGCGUCCGCGGGCCCGUCCUGCCCGGCUUCGCGCCCGUGGCCUCGGCGCCCGGCCCGGGCUGGGUCAGCCACGUGGACCACCUGACCGUGGCCUGCGCCCCCGGCAGCACCCCCGCACUGGCGCGCUGGUUCCGCGACUGCCUGGACUUUCGCCACCUGCCCCUGAGCCCGGGCGAGGACCCCGAGCUGGGCCUCGAGGUGUCCGCCGGGCCCGGGCGCGGGGGUCUCCGGCUCACCGCCUUGCGGGCCCCGCCGGGCUGCGCCGCGCCCACCCUCGUGCUUGCCGAGUCCCUGCCCGGGGGCGCCGGCGAACCGGACCAAGUGGAGCAGUUCUUGGCCAGGCACGGGGGCCCCGGGCUCCAGCACGUGGGGCUGUACACGCCGAACAUCGUGGGGGCUGCGGAGGGGGUGGUGGGGGCCGGGGGCCGCCUCCUGGCCCCUCCCGAAGCCUACUACCAGCAGCCGGGCAAGGAGAGGCAGAUCCGAGCUGCGGGGCACGAGCCCCGCCAGCUGGCCAGGCAGGGCAUCCUGCUGGACGGCGAGGAAGGCCAGUUCCUGCUGCAGGUCUUCACCAAGUCCCUCUUCGCCGAGGACACGUUCUUCCUGGAGCUGAUCCAGAGGCAGGGCGCCACGGGCUUCGGCCAGGGCAACAUCAGGGCCCUGUGGCAGUCCGUGCAGGAGCAGGCCGCCCGCAGCCCGAAAGCCUGAGCUGGGUGCGGCCGCCGAUCCUGGAGCUCUGGGACACCCAGCGC